AUGGAUGUGUUCUUGCAGGUCGUUACACUGCCCGCGCCCAAAAAAGUAUUGCGCGAGACCAAGUCGCAAAACCAGAACAGGAAGGUCCGUUUUCUUUCUUUUCAGAACAGGAAGCCAGAUGACCGAAUCCGAAUGACCCAACCACCCGUGCGGCGUCACCUACGGGACGCAGUAGGACGGGCGCGGGUGUCUGCGAGCACGCUCAAGGACAUUUGCGAGGCGCUUCGUGGGGCAGGCUGUGCGCCUCCGCCCGAGGCCCCAGCUGCACCUGUUGACGUGGAGGACGUGGCCGCGCAGAGCGAGAUGGCCGAGGCGGCGGAGCUGGAUGCAGUGCGACGGGAGGCAGCGGCGCGUCCCCUUGCGAGCGUCGAUCCGGUUGCCGGCGCAACUGAGCAGUCCGAUGAGGCGCGUCUCACUGCACGCAUUGAGCACUUCCGACAGCUCAAGGCCGCACGGGCUGCAGAGGACGAGAAGGAGGGCGCACGACAGGAUGCGCUGGUCAAGCGGGUCCGCGCCUCCUUGGCUGCGGACGAGGCGCGCCUACAGCAGGAGCUGGCAAAGAUGACCGAGUACGAGAGCACGCUCAGCACUCGUCAGACAGAGGCGGCCGCUUCCCUCGCACAGGGCGAGGCGGCCCUCGGCCCAAGCCGGGAGGCGGAGGCGCGCAACGCCGGUAAGGCGCGCCGCGCCCUUGCCGAGAAGCGGCGGCGUGAGGAGAAGGCGGCGCGACGAGGCCGGGAGCAGGCAGACGCGCAGCGCGCACGCAAAGCAGACAUUCAGCUGCGGGGCGUGGGCGCUGGGGAUCCGUGGGAGUUGCUCGUGCAGCCGCUCGUUAAGCAAGCCGUGGCGGGAGAGCCGUGGGAUGACUACGUUUUCCCGGCCGCCGACCCCUCGCUUCCUCCCUCCAAGUUUGGCGCACGCUGGGAGAGCGCGGCGCAAGUCUUCUCGUCGAUCUCAGUCUUUGCAGAUGGCGGCGGCGAGACCGACCCGGUCGAGACGUCGGACAUAGUCCAAGGCGCGCUCGGGACCUCCUACCUCAUGUCGGCUCUCGCCAUCGCGGCCUCGCGGCCGCAGCUCAUCCGCGAUUGUUUUGUCACCAAGGAGCCCAACGAUGCGGGCCUCUACUGCGUCCGCCUAUUUCGCGAUGGCCUACCGCGCCACGUGAUGGUGAACGACCAGCUCCCGAUGGCAGCCGACGGAUCGACCCCGCUCUUUGCCUCCUCCAAACGGGAGGGUGAGCUGUGGAUCUCUUUGCUCGAGAAGGCGUACGCGAAGCUCUAUGGCUCCUACGCUGCCAUCGAGGGUGGGCACGUCGACGAGGCGCUGCUGGACCUGACUGGCGGCGUUAGCGGAGAGAGCAUCGCCCUCUCCUCGGCGGCCUCCAACCUCGACGCGCUGUGGGACCGGCUGCGCUUCUUCUCGCACGCUGGCUACCUCUUGGGCGCAGGCGCACCGACCGGGUGCGACACUGAGCGGUCGAGACGGAGCACACGCCUCGGGCUCGUCGCCGGCCACGCGUAUUCCAUCGGCCGCGUGGUCGAGGAGAGUGGGCACCGUCUGCUGCAGCUGCGCAACCCGUGGGGCGAGGCGGAGUGGAUCGGUGACUGGUCCGAUCGCUCGCCACUCUGGACGCCGCGGCUCAAGGCGCGACUUGGCUGGGCGGACGCCCAGGACGGCACGUUUUGGAUGUGCUUGCGCGACUUUUGCGGCCAGUUCGCUUCGCUCUACGUUUGCAGGCUGCAACCAAAGCACUGGGCCCUCGCCGAGGCGGAGGGCGAGUGGCGUGGCACGACGGCUGGGGGUUGCGCCAACUACGACACGUUUGGCGACAACCCACAGUAUGCGAUCACCAUCGGGACGAAACCGGUGCCGUGCCUCAUCACUCUGGCGCAGGACCUCGCUUGUGAAGGCGACUCGCGCGUGAGCCUCGACAUGGCGACCCUCGCCGUCGCGGCCAGCGCCGAUGCCACGAGCGCUCAAACCGACGCCGCGGAGGCAGCCUCGGAGAGCAGCACCCCAGAUGGCACGUCCGACGAGGGCGUUGGCGCGGGCGUUAGCUCGGACGUCGGAGCACAUGCGGGUUCAGAAGUCGGUGGGGCUGGCGAGGGGGUGGAGGAGAGUGCAGCUGCCCCUGCGGGCUCGGGGCAGGCGCAGCAGGACGAGGCGCUUCCUAUUGGCUUCGCAGUUGUCUUCAAGAAUGGCGAGCGCGUGCGCAAGAUCUACUACUCCGACUGGUGCGCCCAGACGGCGCCCUAUCGCGACGUGUCGCUCGAUGUGAUGCUCGAGCCGAUUGGCGUCGGCAGGAGCACCACCUACACGCUGUUGCCCACCACCUUUGCUCCGGGUCAGACGCGAGGCUUCCACAUCCGCCUCUACUCCAAGGUGCCCGUCAAGCUCGCGGCGCUCCCAGAGCCAGAUGAUGGAGCAAACGAGGUGGUGGAGGCCCCGCCUAUAUCCGCGCCCGAAGCCUCUCCCCCGGAGGUACCGCCGAGCCCGCAAGUGGUAGAUGAUGCAGCCAGACUGACGCUGCCUCCUCCGCCGGAUCUGGACGACGACGGCGCGACUCCCAGAGCGGCGGCGGCGCCCGCGAGCAAGGCAUCCACCGAGGAUGACGCCGCGCGGGGAACGACUGCUUCCGAGCUUUCGGUCUAA